AUGACAAAACUCACUCCCCUCGUUGUGGGUUUCCUCAUCACCCUCGCCUACUCUACGCCCCUUGAUGCCCGAACUGGUGGCAGCGAUGACGGACCUGGCUGCGAACCGAAGCCGCCACGCGAUGGCAAGUGCUGGGAGGACAUUCUCGGCCUGGAUUGGACGGUUCACGGUUUUGACUACCAUGCCUCAUACACCUUCACCAACCCCGCGCACCAGAACUCGUGGGGAUAUGUCAACUUCAACUUGACCAACACCGUUGUCUCCUACACGGCCGUCUGUGCCGCCUCUAGCAGCCAGCUCUCCGACUUUUUCUACGGGACCGUCGAAUACUCCUGCAGUCUGCCCGCCAGUGCCCCCGCCGGCGCCUCUGUGAGGUUCCGCUUUAGCCGCCCAUCUGGGCAACUCGAUAUCACCGAGUCCAUUAUAUGCAGCGAGGAGAAGGCAACAGGAACAUUUGUGGUGACGGGCUUAAGUGAUCUCGAUCUGACGUGCACCGACACGACCACCGUGACCCCGGACUGGAAGCCGGGGCAGAUAUAUAGCCAGCGCCUCAUUACAUGCGCACCUGUUGACGUAACCUUUCAGCCUUCCCAGGUUGUUGGGUGA